AUGACACAGCACUCACUGCUUGGCCCUCCAGCUCGCAACUACGACGCUUCCAGAUGGAAGAGCACUUACUACUUGUCCGCCCACAUUGUUUGCAAACGCAGCACUACCGUUGCUGUCCCAUCAGGUAACCCAACCUCAACAGCGCCUCCGGACGAUCCAACGCUUAUCGCUUGUCCACCUAAGUUUGUCGUCAACUCCGGAGCCAUGGUCGCUACGUUAAGAAUCGAGUCGACCGCAACCACACCUCCAGACGACGCGGUGCUUACUGCCUGCCCGCCUAUACUCGUCACGUCUCCUAGCGCCAACGUUUCUGAUGGAUCCGCGGAGCUAAGCACAACCGCUGCUCCAGCCGAAGCCGCACUGAUUGCCUGUCCAACCACGUUUGUUGUAGAUCCAGCUGCUAACGUCGCCUUCACAGUACUCGAGUUCACUUGUCCAACUACGCUCGUCGCAGCUUCCGGUAUCAGCGUCGCCGUAAUGUCUGCUGAUUCUGUGACGAGGGAGGCAACCUGUAUCUUUUUUACUACGCCGAAAGUAGGAUCAUUUGUGGGAGUCGGACCAUCGGAUGAGGUUGGGGCAUUGAGAGCGGUUGGAUCAUUCGUAGAUGUGGGGUAAUUGGCCGAUGUUAGGCUAUUAACCACUACUGAAGACGAAGCAGGCGUCUCGUUCUCGCUCGAGAAAUCGAGACAUCGGAACUAGCUACUCGAGAAGUGUCCA